GGCAGAGAAGGGGUUGGUCGGGAGGUUUGAGCCCCCCGGCCGCGGGAUUGCUGAGCAAGAGCGCUGUGGGUCGGAGGCCGGUGCAGAAUGGUGGGAGCCCCGCAGGAGGGUGGAUGGCUUUUCUGGAGGCUGCUGGCGUGUGGGAGACGGAGCGGAGGCAGGCAGAGGCAAGUGCUCUUGUUUCUUGUGUGCGUUUGCGUGUGGCAGAGCGGGGCGGAAAGGCUGCGGUAUUCUGUGGCGGAGGAAAUGGAGAGGGACUCGUUUGUGGGCAACAUUGCAGAGGAGCUGGGGGUGGCUCCGAGCCAGCUGUCGGCUCGCAAGGCCCGCGUUGUGUCCGAGGGGAAGGAGCAGCUUUUCCGGCUCGAUCCAAGCAGCGGCGUCCUGACAGUCAAGGAGUCUCUGGACCGGGAGGAGAUCUGCCCGCAGAGCGCUACCUGCACGCUGUAUUUUAAGAUCUUCCUUGAAAAUCCGUUGCAGCUGAUGCGAGGGGAGGUGGAGGUUCGUGACGUGAACGACAAUUCCCCCGUGUUCCCGGUGAAGGAGAUGGUUUUAAAGAUUCCCGAAACGGAAUCUCUGGGAUCCCGUUUCCCUCUAGAGAGCGCCCAUGACCGUGACGUGGGCAUUAAUGGUUUGCAGAACUACAGCCUGGAGGCCAAUCCGCAUUUCUCUGUCGCGCUCGGAACAAAGAAAGAUGGAAAAAAAUAUGCGGAGCUGGUUCUCGAGCGUCAUCUGGACCGGGAAGAGCAUCGGGAGCUGAACUUACUGCUGACGGCCACUGACGGGGGGUCUCCACCCAGGUCGGGCACAGCUCGGAUCCGCAUCAUUGUGGUAGAUGCCAAUGACAAUAAACCGGUCUUCGGACGGGACGUGUACGAGGUUCGAGUGGCUGAGAACAGUCCCCCGGGACAGCUGGUGGUCAGAGUGGUGGCCACGGAUCCUGACGAAGGGUCCAAUGGGAAGGUGCGUUAUGCCUACACCCAGACACCGGAAGAAACUCGGCAGCUCUUCGACCUGGACCCCGAAACCGGGGAGAUUCGAAUCUCGGGCAACCUGGACUUCGAGGAGGCGAAAAGCCACGAGAUGAUAGUGACAGCCACGGACGGCGGGAGUCUGUCUGCGCAUUGCAAAGUGCAGGUGGAGGUGCUGGACGUGAAUGACAACGCCCCGGAGAUAGCGGUGACGUCCGUCAGCGCCUCCAUCGCCGAGGACGCGCCGCCCCGCAGCGUGGUGGCCCUGUUGAGCGUGCGGGACCGCGACUCCGGCGAGAACGGGAGGACGGAGUGCUGGAUCGACGGGGACUUGCCGUUCAGCCUGACGCCGACGUUUGAGAAUUACUACGAGGUGCGAACAACGGCGGCGCUGGACAGGGAGAGGAGGGCGGAGUAUAACAUCAGCGUGAGGGCCCGGGACUGGGGCAGGAGGCGGCUGAGCUCGCGGGAAGUGAUCUCGGUGCAGAUCUCGGACGUGAACGACAACCCGCCCGAGUUCAGCCGGGAGGUUUACACGCUGUGGGUGGUGGAGAACAACAGCCCGAUGGUGCGUGUCGGGAGCGUGUCGGCGAGGGACGCGGACGCGGGGAGCAACGCGCGCGUGACGUACCGGGUGUCGGGCGAGGAGGGCGAGGAGCGUCCGUGCGUGUCGGUGAACUCGGCGAGCGGGGAGGUUUACGUGGUGCGGGCGCUGGACUACGAGGAGGUGCGCGCCUUGGAGGUGUCGGUGGUGGCUGCGGACGGGGGCUCUCCGUCGCUGAGCGCGCAGGCGGUGGUGCGCGUGGUGGUGCGGGACGAGAACGACAACGCGCCGGUGGUGCUGCACCCGUCGCCGGAGAGCAGGGUGUGGUGGGGCGAGGUGGUGCCGCGCGGGUCUCCGUCGGGCUACCUGGUGGGCAAGGUGGUGGCGGUGGACGCGGACGCGGGUCAGAACGCGUGGCUGUCGUACGAGGUGUGGAAGGCGACGGAGCCGGGUCUGUUCCGCGUGGGGCUGCACAGCGGCGAGGUGCGGACGGCGCGGGCCGUGUCGGAGAGGGACGCGUCCCGGCAGAGGCUGGUGGUGCUGGUGCGAGACCGCGGGCAGCCGCCGCGCUCGGCCACCGCCACGCUGGGCAUCGCCCUGGUGGACGGCUUCUCGGACGCGCGUUGGCGGGGCGGCGAGGACGAGGCGGCGGAGGCGGCGGCGGCGGGGUCGGAGUCGGAUUCGGAGGGGCCACUGACCCUCUACCUGAUCGCCUCGCUGGCCUGCGUGUCGGCGCUGUUGGUGGCCACGGGCGUGGCGGCGGUGGUGGCGAAGGUGCGUGGGGCGCGGGCCGAGAGCUUGCCCACGUUCCCCGCGGCUGUGUCGGAGAGCACGGCGGGCUCCCUGCCCCGCAGCUACGUCUACGACAUCUGCUUCGCCGGCGGCAGCGUCAACAGCGAGUUCCGCUUCCUCAGGCCGCUCUUGCCCUGCUUCCCCGCCGGGCUGCCCCCGGGCCCGGGCGAGCAGCGCAGCUCCGUGUGCUCGCAGGAGGCGACCAACCUCGGGGAAGAAGGCGACUGGGCUGCACAGGUGAGGGGGAUCGCCGAGAUGGGGCUGUGGCAAUCAGCAAGAGCGCUGUGGGUCGGAGGCCGGUGCAGAAUGGUGGGAGCCCCGCAGGAGGGUGGAUGGCUUUUCUGGAGGCUGCUGGCGUGUGGGAGACGGAGCGGAGGCAGGCAGAGGCAAGUGCUCUUGUUUCUUGUGUGCGUUUGCGUGUGGCAGAGCGGGGCGGAAAGGCUGCGGUAUUCUGUGGCGGAGGAAAUGGAGAGGGACUCGUUUGUGGGCAACAUUGCAGAGGAGCUGGGGGUGGCUCCGAGCCAGCUGUCGGCUCGCAAGGCCCGCGUUGUGUCCGAGGGGAAGGAGCAGCUUUUCCGGCUCGAUCCAAGCAGCGGCGUCCUGACAGUCAAGGAGUCUCUGGACCGGGAGGAGAUCUGCCCGCAGAGCGCUACCUGCACGCUGUAUUUUAAGAUCUUCCUUGAAAAUCCGUUGCAGCUGAUGCGAGGGGAGGUGGAGGUUCGUGACGUGAACGACAAUUCCCCCGUGUUCCCGGUGAAGGAGAUGGUUUUAGAGAUUCCCGAAACGGAAUCUCCGGGAUCCCGUUUCCUUCUGGAGAGCGCCCAAGAUAAGGACGUGGGCAUUAAUGGUUUGCAGAACUACAGCCUGGAGGCCAAUCCACAUUUCUCCCUGGCUCUCAGAACAGAGAAAGACGCACUAGAUUACGUGGAACUCGUGCUGGAGCGUCAUCUGGACCGGGAAGAGCAGCGAGAGCUGAAUUUACUGCUGUCGGCCACCGACGGGGGCUCUCCACCCAGGUCGGGCACAGCUCGGAUCCGCAUCGUGGUGCUGGAUGCCAAUGACAACAAACCGAAAUUCGAUCGAGAGGUCUACGAGGUGCGGGUGCCGGAGAACAGUCCCUCAGGACAGCUGGUGGUCACAGUGGUUGCUGCGGAUCCCGACGAAGGGUCCUACGGGAAGGUGCGUUAUGCCUUCACUGAGACAAAAGAUGAAACCCGCCAGAUGUUCGAGCUGGACCCCGAAACCGGGGAGAUUCGUGUGGCGGGCAACCUGGACUUUGAGGAAGUGAAAAGCCACAAGAUGAUGGUAAAAGCCACCGACGGCGGGGGUCUGUCUGCGCAUUGCAAAGUGCAGGUGGAGGUGCUGGACGUGAAUGACAACGCCCCGGAGAUAGCGGUGACGUCCGUCAGCGCCUCCAUCGCCGAGGACGCGCCGCCCCGCAGCGUGGUGGCCCUGUUGAGCGUGCGGGACCGCGACUCCGGCGAGAACGGGAGGACGGAGUGCUGGAUCGACGGGGACUUGCCGUUCAGCCUGACGCCGACGUUUGAGAAUUACUACGAGGUGCGAACAACGGCGGCGCUGGACAGGGAGAGGAGGGCGGAGUAUAACAUCAGCGUGAGGGCCCGGGACUGGGGCAGGAGGCGGCUGAGCUCGCGGGAAGUGAUCUCGGUGCAGAUCUCGGACGUGAACGACAACCCGCCCGAGUUCAGCCGGGAGGUUUACACGCUGUGGGUGGUGGAGAACAACAGCCCGAUGGUGCGUGUCGGGAGCGUGUCGGCGAGGGACGCGGACGCGGGGAGCAACGCGCGCGUGACGUACCGGGUGUCGGGCGAGGAGCGUCCGUGCGUGUCGGUGAACUCGGCGAGCGGGGAGGUUUACGUGGUGCGGGCGCUGGACUACGAGGAGGUGCGCGCCUUGGAGGUGUCGGUGGUGGCUGCGGACGGGGGCUCUCCGUCGCUGAGCGCGCAGGCGGUGGUGCGCGUGGUGGUGCGGGACGAGAACGACAACGCGCCGGUGGUGCUGCACCCGUCGCCGGAGAGCAGGGUGUGGUGGGGCGAGGUGGUGCCGCGCGGGUCUCCGUCGGGCUACCUGGUGGGCAAGGUGGUGGCGGUGGACGCGGACGCGGGUCAGAACGCGUGGCUGUCGUACGAGGUGUGGAAGGCGACGGAGCCGGGUCUGUUCCGCGUGGGGCUGCACAGCGGCGAGGUGCGGACGGCGCGGGCCGUGUCGGAGAGGGACGCGUCCCGGCAGAGGCUGGUGGUGCUGGUGCGAGACCGCGGGCAGCCGCCGCGCUCGGCCACCGCCACGCUGGGCAUCGCCCUGGUGGACGGCUUCUCGGACGCGCGUUGGCGGGGCGGCGAGGACGAGGCGGCGGAGGCGGCGGAGGCGGCGGCGGGGUCGGAGUCGGAUUCGGAGGGGCCACUGACCCUCUACCUGAUCGCCUCGCUGGCCUGCGUGUCGGCGCUGUUGGUGGCCACGGGCGUGGCGGCGGUGGUGGCGAAGGUGCGUGGGGCGCGGGCCGAGAGCUUGCCCACGUUCCCCGCGGCUGUGUCGGAGAGCACGGCGGGCUCCCUGCCCCGCAGCUACGUCUACGACAUCUGCUUCGCCGGCGGCAGCGUCAACAGCGAGUUCCGCUUCCUCAGGCCGCUCUUGCCCUGCUUCCCCGCCGGGCUGCCCCCGGGCCCGGGCGAGCAGCGCAGCUCCGUGUGCUCGCAGGAGGCGACCAACCUCGGGGAAGAAGGCGACUGGGCUGCACAGGUGAGGGGGAUGGUGCGGGGAGGAGGAGUAUGGUGGCGAGGGUGGUGGUGUUGA